AUGGACUUGGACUACCAGUAUGGCGAUAAGAACAGAGCCUUUCUUCAAGCUCUUAUGAGCCGCGGGGUCGUCACACUUCGUGAGGGCCAGGAGAUCCUCGCCGGCAUCCGGCUCGCCACCGGGGCCGAGGACGUCAAACCCGACCACAUUACCCAAGAGGAGUUUGAAUUUUACAUCAAUGCCGCCUCCGAAGCUGUUUCUCAGUUCGAUUACCAGGUCCGCAGCGCGGUGCACCAGGGUAACAAGACGCGCGUCUGGGCUUUGGUGAACACCACCUCCGACCCCUCGACUCAGCUCGCCACGACCUUUACCCCCGACGAGAUCUCCUUCGUUAAGCGUGUUCUUGACGCCAUCUUCGACACCUACAAUACCCCGCGCAUGGAAAAGAUGUGCGUCACCGUGCAGGAGGCCAUUUCACUGAGCAGGCCGCCCAGAAGCGCAAACAGCAACGGGAAUCCCAACGCGAGCACCGUUGACGCCGAUGAUUCGCAAGCCGUCUCACAGGACAAGGGUCUGCGGCAUAGCGACGUCAACCGGGUCUUGGACGAGCUCGUCGAGGGCUCCUGGCUCGAGAAGAGCCCUGAAGGUUUCUAUAGCCUGGCGCCCCGUGCGCUCAUAGAGCUGAGGACCUGGCUGCUGGACACGUACAACGACGCGGACGCGCCUGCCGACGAGUGGCAGCGCAUCAAGUCUUGUGAAGCCUGUCGGGAGAUUGUCACGCAUGGCCAGAGGUGCGGUGAGAGGGAUUGCUUGGCCCGUCUUCACGACAUUUGUGAAGAGCGCUUCUGGAGGGCUAGGCGGGCAAGGACCUGCCCCAAGUGCGGCAAGGGCUGGGAGGGCAACCGCUUCGUGGGCGAGAGGGCCGUUACUUCUACAAAAACGUACAUGCAAGCGAGAGGAAGGGGUAGAAAGAGCAACACCUUGGCGAGUGAUAUAUUCAACGAGGCCCAGGAGGAGGCCGAUGAAGGGGAGGGCGAGGAGGUGGAGGACGACAACAGCUCGAUGGUGGAUGUCAAGUAG